CAUCCCCCACACGGCCGAUUUCCACAGCUCUGAGCCUGGGACUCAGCAAAGCCGCCUGGCUCCUUUUAUGAACAACAAAACUGUGAUGAAGGCAACAGGAGUCAGAAAACUAUUCAUGGCAGGAAGCCCCGGUAUCCGGUGAGAUACAAGAAGCACAGCCGCACAGGAUGCGCCUUGGGUCAGGGGACGUGAGCGGCCCGAGCCUUUGUGUCCUCUCUGCCAGAGCAGCGGCAGCUCAACCCUCAGCUCCCUUCCAGGCACAGCUGGGAGCACAGAUAGAAGCUCAGUCACUGCCACCACUGAGGGGCUUAUCACCUCCAUUGAGGGGGCAGCAGAAUGGCCACCUCCACCCACCUGCUGCUGCUGCUGCUGCUGCUGGGUCAGCCCUGGGCCACAGCCGGGGCCAGCGCAGAGGCUGUGGUGUGUGCAGACAACGCCUGCUACACGGCUCACUGGGGCAAGCUGAGCGCAGAUGAGGCCCAGCAGCACUGCAGCAAGAACGGGGGCAAGCUGGCCACGGUGAAGAGCGAGGAGGAGGCCAGGCGUGUUCAGCGAGCCCUGGCCCAGCUCCUGAGCCUGCAGGCACCCCUGGCCGUGAGGAUGGGCAAGUUCUGGAUUGGGCUCCAGCGAGAAAAGGGCAAAUGCCUGGACCCCAGCCUGCCGCUGAAGGGCUUCAGCUGGAUGGGUGGCGGGGAGGACACUCUCUACACCAACUGGCACAAGGAGGCCCGCAACUCAUGCAUCUCCAAGCGCUGUGUGUCCCUGCUGCUGGACCUGUCCCUGACGCCCGCCACCAGCCGCCUCCCCAAGUGGUCUGAAGGCCCCUGUGGGAGCCCCGUCUCUCCCGGAAGUAACAUCGAGGGUUUCGUGUGCAAGUUCAGCUUCAAAGGCAUGUGCCGACCCCUGACUCUGGGGGGCCCAGGCAAGGUGACCUAUUCCACUCCCUUUCAGGCCACCAGCUCCUCCCUGGAUGCUGUGCCCUUUGCUUCUAUAGCCAAUGUGGCCUGUGGGGACAGGAAUGAGAGUACCAGCCAUUAUUUCCUGUGCAAGGAGAAGGAGCCCAGUGUGUUUGACUGGAACAGCUCAGGCCCUCUUUGUGUCAGCCCCGACUACGGCUGCAACUUCAACAACGGGGGCUGCCAGCAGGCCUGCUUCGAGGGUGGGGAUGGCUCCUUCCGCUGCGGCUGCCUGCCGGGCUUCCGGCUGCUGGACGACCUGGUGACCUGUGCCUCUCGGAACCCUUGCAGCUCCAGCCCAUGCGUCGGGGAGGCCACGUGUGUCUCUGCACCUCAUGGGACAAACUACACAUGCCACUGCCCCCAAGGCUUCCAAGUGGAUGAGAGUCAGUUGGGUUGUGUGGAUGUGGACGAGUGCCAAGACAGCCCCUGUGCCCAGGCCUGUGUCAACACCCACGGGAGCUUCCGAUGUGAGUGCUGGGUGGGCUACGAGCCCGGCAGCCCUGGGGAAGGUGCCUGCCGGGAUGUGGACGAGUGUGCCCUCGGCCACUCACCCUGCACCCAGCACUGUACCAACACCGACGGCUCGUUCCACUGCUCCUGCGAGGAAGGCUAUGUGCUGGCCGGGGAGGAUGGCACGCAGUGCCAGGACGUGGAUGAGUGUGCUGGCCCUGGGGGCAGCCCCUGUGACAACCUCUGCUUCAACUCACAGGGAUCCUUCAGCUGCGGCUGCCUGCCGGGCUGGGAGCUGGCCCCUGAUGGGGUCUCCUGCAUCACGGCCCCUGGGUCUCUGGUCCCAUUGGCUGGGGCUCCCCAGGAGGAGGAUGAUGGAGAGAGAGGGGGGAGUGCCAUGCCCUCUGCUACUGCACCCAGUCCCACCAGGGUCCCUGAGGGCAGCUUUGAGGAAGUGCCUGCUUCCAGGAGGCCUUCCCUCCUAUCCAGCACCCCCAUCACCUCUGCCCUGCCUGAGACACUGGCCCCGAGUGGGGCCCCUGAGGUCCGGGUGAGUCCUGGCACCCACCAUGCCACGGCUGCCCCUGGUGAGUCUGUGGGUAGGGAUUCCGUGGCCACACAAAGUGAUGACAGCACUGACGGACAGAAGCUGCUUUUGUUCUACAUCCUGGGCACUGUGGUGGCCAUCCUGCUCCUGCUGGCUCUGGCGUUAGGGCUUCUGGUCUGUCGCAGGCGGAGAGCUAAGCAGACGGAGAAGAAGGAGAAGAUGCCCCCAAACACAGCGGACAGUUAUGCCUGGGCUUCAGAGCGGGCAGAGAGCAGGGCCCCAGAGAACCAGUACAGCCCAACACCUGGGACAGACUGCUGACAGUGAGGUGGCCCCAGGGACACUUAGAGUUGGCUGCCACCAUCCUCUCCCCGUUCUGAAGGGGAAAUCCACAUCCUUGGAAAGACAGGACCAGAAUCUUAGCAAGUAAUUAUGAGCCUUCUCCUGAGGACCCUGGUGACUUGGUCGGUGCAGGUAUUUCUACGAAUAUGGUGUUCCAGACGUGGACGCUGUGCUGGCUUGACAUGGCGGGAAUUUUGUGACUAUUAACAAUUCUCACUCUCUCUCCCUUCUCACGCUCCAAGGUGACUGAUUCUGGAUGGGAUGUGAGGAGCCAGGUGCUCCCUGGCUCCCUCAGAGUGCCCCCUGCUAACUUUCACCACCCCUGUGUAUGAGGAGAACGGGGACUGCGAUGCUUUGCUCCCCCUCCUGUAUAGAAACUCAGUCAGUCACUAGUUAGAUAAGGAGCUCGCUUUCUCUUUGUCAAAGCGGGACUGGAAGCACUUCCCACAACCCACACGCGCUCCCCAGCACACGUCCCGUGGCGCUGACACUGCUGAAAUCUCCCAGAAACACCAGAAGUGCAAUUAACUGCUUUGGUGACAUGGAAGCAGGAAGUUUAGAAAUCCCAUCCCCUAGUUCCUAAAUUUCUAGCAAUCUUGGGUUUAUUUGCAAUCAGGGCUUGAACACUAUGAGCAAAGUUUCUUUGGGAUAAGUUACUGGUGUUUUCACGGUAACACAGGGGCUGGGGGGAGACAGGGACAUGUAUCCCAGGCUCUCACUGUGGUGGGUCUGUGUGCAGGGCAGGGACGCACUUGGCUCCCAGGAGGUAAACACUGACAAGGAAAAGGUUAAGGUCAAGGCAUCUCGGCUCCACCCACACUGCUCCGACUCGGGAUCUUUGAGGAAGAAGAAACCUUCCAUCCUACCCAUUCCCUAAAGGAAGCCUGAGUGAGAGACAACAGGUGACGUCCUGGAAGCUGUUGUUUUGAAGCCUGUGGCACAGCUCAGAGUUCACAGUGGACGCUGCACUCAGAGCUUGAAGCCCGAUGUGUGGGCUUAGUGUACAGCAAGUUGGAGCCAUCGGGCAGGAUGCUUAGGGGACUUGUGUCACAUCUCUCAGAGGGGAGAAGGAAAGAGAAUAACCAGCAUCUUUUGUAGCAGCAAAAACUGCUCCAAGCUAUUUUAAUUUAUAUCACCAUUUUAAAGCGUACCUUUGUAAGGAUUUCCCCUUACUGCGAGGUGGUUGGCACUGCUGUUUGCUUUCUCUCUUCCCUUCUCCCCCUCCUGGAGGCUGGAAGGCAGCUGCUCACCUCCCUGCGCACGGGUAGGCCGAGGUGUCAGAAGUCGCCUGAGUCUCUACGGGAGGCCUUGCAUCUCUGGGGGCUGUUUGCUGCCACUGUGCAGGACAACAGACAAAGGAAAUGUGUUUCCUUCCAAGGCUCCGUAUCUUUACCUUUCAGAACGCAGGUGCCCUGCUGUUUCCGGUUUUGCUUUAGUGAUACACCUGUCUAGGGCCCCCCAGCAUGGGGGAGAGGGGGCAGGGACCUGAGUACCCUGCAGAUGCACAGCCUACAGCAGAGUUAAGUAAAUAUCCUUUUGUUAAUUUUGAAAUGUAGAUGCUACAGUUCCAAUGUUUAUUUUUCAGAAGAUGGAAAACUCAGAGGGUGGGGGCGGCGACAGGAAAGCCGAAGCAUCCUGGGGCUCAGCGGGGCUUGUGGAGCCUCCUUUCAAAGCCAUCUCCUGGUCUUCAGUUUUCAGCCGGGGUGCUGACGUUAACACUGCAGGGAGACAAAGGCUGCAUCCAUUUGGCAAAGCUUCAUUGGCUACAGGGCUCUAGGCAAUCUGCUGGGGUGAGCAGUCUUGUGGGGAAGUAGCUACAUGGCCAUUGCCAUGGCAGACACGCGGGUGUACCUAGGGGAAGUGAGUACAGGUGUACACGCGGGUGUACACUAGGGGAAGUGAGUGCAGAUGCAACUCUUUCACCUCCAGGCUUUUAAAAUCUUUGCCCUUAUCACUUGGGGUGAAGGAGACCUUCCUAUUACAGGCUUCCAGCAGUGCCUCUGGCUCCCCCAGGUUUCAUCUUCUCACACAGCCCCACCCGGCGCCUGGUCUGCCUGUCGGUCCUAACGUAACUAGCAGUUUGCCCCCCUUCCGCAACACCAAGGAGCCCACAGAUCCCCUUUGUGGAACCCCAAGGGGAGAAAUGGGGAUAAAAAAAAAACAGCUUCCAAAAAUCCCCUCUGACAGUGUCAGGCCCCUUCUCCUGGCGAGUGGUGCUCUUUCUGUGCCCUGGUCACUGCCCCCGCCCGAGCAGUCAUGGCAGGGAAUCCGGAAACUGCUGCCCUCAAACCUAAACUCAAUUGUCCCAUUUCCUCCUGCUGUCCUCUCCUUUGAGGUAUCGAGGUCCUUGUUUGAGGGAGCUGUGGGCCAGGGCAGGGGUGUGGUGAGCUCUGCUGAGGACUUACUUCCAGUAGAAAAUUCUUCUAUCUCAGCGACUGCCCAGCAGCAGCGUAAGCCGGGAGAGGGGGAGAGGGGGACGUUUCUAUAUGGCAUCGGGUUCCAAGGCAAUGGCGAUUCUUUUGACCAAAUAGGAUUUUCCAUAGCUCAAUAAUUCUGGGAGACUCGUAGCAAACUGCCACCUCCCCCUUCCCACCUCCCAAAGCAAAUAAUUAAAAGGGGAGACGCUUCCUCCACCCUGCAGCUGUCUGUGCCGCUCAUUUGCAGAUUUCAGAUGGCUCCUGUGCCUCUUUUUUCUUGUUCAUUGUUUGGAGAAGGAUGAUGGGAGACAAUUCCCUCAGAUAAUCUGAGAGAUGCAGAACAAUCCAGGAGCGUGCUUUGUAGCAGGCCUCCACUCCGCCACAGCUUGGCUUCAAGGCAAGACCAGACGGUGUGGCCUCCUGCAGUGGCUCACACAGCUAAUCCUCAUUUUCGUCUUCCAACACUGUGGUGCUGCACAUCCACAUGUCACUUUGUUCAGCCACAUUCAGGGGAUACCUGGCUGACCCAAUAGAAGUGGGCUGCGUCCAUCUCUGCAUGUUAUGCGGUGGCAGACCUAGAGGAAAGGACAGCUGAGUGUCCUCUUCACUGUGACCAGGAAAAAGAGUGGGCUGAAAGUUGAGCCCUCAUCUGUGUGUGCUUACAUAGGCCAUUCAGGGUGAGCUGAUUGCAACGAACUUUUUUCCUCUUCAAGUUGCUACCAUCUAUUAAGUCCUGACCAGGACCCCUUGUUUGAGCAUAUUAUCACUGAGCAACAUUUUGAUGGACACUUUUGGCACUUAAGUUCUGACCUUCAUUCCCACAAAUGUUCUUGUAAAAAUUAAGAGAACAAAGAUGAGAUUGGACCAAAAUUUACUAAAUUCAAAAAUAACAGUUUUUUUAAAAGCUAAUAUAGGAAAGCCUUUUCCUAUUAUUUUUCUUCUUAGGUUCUCCAUUAUCUAAAUCAGGAAAACAGGAAAGCAUUGCUUUCUAGCAGCUGUGAAAGGAUUUAAUGCCCUCUACAUAUUUCCAUCACCUUGAACAAUAGCUUUAGCAUGGGAAUGUGAGAUACGGCUCCUGAAAACAUCUUUCUCUACUCUGGCUGUAAAGCCCAGGGCUAAAUCUGUACGGUUUGUGCAGUUAACAAAAAAAGGUAAUCCAAAUUCUCCACAUAUUCACUAGUCAAAUACCCUACAUCAUACCCAAUUCCCAAGACAAACACUCACUGAAGUUAUUGUUAAAAAACAAAUUUGCCUCUGUCUGUUCUUGUAGAUAAUGCCUCACAUUUUAGGUAGAGACGCUGGAAUUCCUUUCUCCCAUAUUACUGUAAAUGCAAGGGAGCAGAUGAUUCUUCUUAGCAGAUUUUGCUCACUGUUGCCUGGGGCUGAUGCUCUUUGGAUAGAUGUAGCUUAAGCUGGACUUAGAUCCUUGUAAGGCCUUUCUCUGUGACGCCAGAUAUAGUUAUAAAUGUCAACAAUUGUUUCAUGAAGUCUAAAUGAGAAUAUAAGUAUUUUUCAAUUCAACAUGUAUUUAAAACGUUUGAUUAAUUCUGGGAUUAUGAGAUUUCUAAGUGGGAUUCACUUUGAUCCUGUGAUGUUUGCCAGACUGCAGGGAGGCGGAACUCCAGCCAGGGGAGCCUGAGCGGCACCUCUGUCAGCCCCACGAAGCCCCCGCCUUGUUGCCUUUGAGCUUCCUGUCAUGCACCUAUCCUAAUAAACUCUGACAUGCUUCUGUUG